GGGGAGCAGGACACCUGCUGGUCAUGGCAGAGCCCAGCUGGGUCUCCUCACUCCUAGUGGUACCUCCGCAGACCCAGCUGCUCCGACACUCGGCAGCCCCCAGAAGAGUGUGAGUGCCCAGGAGGACCCCUUUGCCCUAGCUGUGCAGCCCCAGCCAGAUGUGGGGGGCAGCAGCCCAGAGGCAUGCCCCCCACCUGGCCACGCUGCCCCCACCUCCUCCUACUGCUGCUGCUGGCCUGCCAGCCACAGGCCCCCUCCGCUCAGGUGAUGGACUUCCUGUUUGAGAAGUGGAAGCUCUAUGGCGACCAGUGUCUCCACAACCUGAGCCUGCUGCCGCCCCCAAGCGAGCUGGUCUGUAACAGAACCUUUGACAAGUAUUCCUGCUGGCCAGACACCCCUCCCAACACCACGGCCAAUAUCUCCUGCCCCUGGUACCUGCCCUGGUACCACAAAGUGCAGCACCGCCUCGUGUUCAAGAGGUGUGGGCCCGACGGGCAGUGGGUGCGUGGGCCCCAGGGGCAACCGUGGCGAAAUGCCUCCCAGUGCCAGAUGGACGACGAGGAGAUUGAGGUCCAGAGAGAGGUGGCCAAGAUGUACAGCAGUUUCCAGGUGAUGUACACGGUGGGGUACUCCCUCUCCCUCGGGGCCCUUCUCCUGGCCCUGGCCAUCUUGCUGGGCCUCAGCAAGCUGCACUGCACCCGAAAUUACAUCCAUGUGAACCUGUUUGUGUCCUUCGUGCUCAAGGCCAGCUCCGUGCUGGUCAUUGACACUCUGCUCGAGACCCGUUACAGCCAGAAGAUUGGUGAUGACCUCAGCGUAAGCAUCUGGCUGAGUGACGAGGCAGUGGCUGGCUGCCGGGUAGCUGCAGUGUUUAUGCAGUAUGGCAUCAUGGCCAACUACUGCUGGCUGCUGGUGGAGGGUGUGUACCUGCACAGCCUGCUGGGCCUGGCCACCUUCCCCGAGAGGAGCUUCUUCGCCCUUUACCUUGGCAUCGGCUGGGGUGCCCCCAUGCUGUUCGUCAUCCCCUGGGCAGUGGUCAAGUGUCUAUUCGAGAACAUCCAGUGCUGGACUAGCAAUGACAACAUGGGCUUCUGGUGGAUCCUGCGCUUCCCUGUCUUCCUAGCCAUCCUGAUCAACUUCUUCAUCUUUCUCCGCAUCGUUCACAUCCUCGUGGCCAAGCUGCGAGCCCACCAGAUGCGUUACACUGACUACAAACUCCGGGCCUGUUGGUGGCUGUUCUUUACUGUUUCCUCAACAAGGAGGUGCAGUCGGAGCUGUUGCGGCGCUGGCAUCGCUGGCGCACAGGCAAGGCACUGCAGGAGGAGUGCCACAUCGGCAGCCACACGAGCUCAGCCCGGCCCGCCGGUGGCACCCCCAGCGAGAAGCUGCUGCUCUCCAGGGGUGGCAGCAGCAACAGGGCCAGCCAGGACCCCUCUGCAGAGACCCGCUUGGCCAGCGGCCUCCCUGGGUUGGCUGAGCGCCCCUUCUGAAGCCCCUGGAGCCCCAGCUGGGGCUGGACUCAGGCACCAAGAGAGGGCAUCACUGGACAAUCCAGAACCAGAUGCCCGAUGGAAGUUGCCGGGUUGGGAGCCGGACAGCAGUCCCAUCAUCCACGUGUCCCCCAGGGUGGUGGUCUGAUGGGUGGGGCCUCCCCUCCCCACACCUGCAUUGUGCCUGGGGUGGGGGGCAGGGUGUGGUAUGGGGAUAGCUGUUCUGUGAAUGCAUGCCUUCGUGUCCCCACGUGUGUUGGUGUGUCCAGUCUUCGAGGAAAUGUGUGUCCUCCAACAAUAAAGAGCUCAAGUAGUG